AUGCUGACGCGGCCCCGGGGGCCGGUCCCUAGGGCAGCAGAGGCCAGCUUAUAUACAGGAGAAGAUAAGGGCAGGCUGUGCACACUGGUCUGUGCGCAGCUGGUCUGUGCACAGCAUGCUGAUGCAGUCCUAGGGGCCGAGAGCCAGCACCUGACCAGGGACGGCACGUGCUUCAGGGGCAAUUUCCGUUCGGGGCUCACUGUUGUGCGGGGGCGGAGAUGUACACUGAUGGGCUCAAUUCCGCCCGUCAAUUUGGUGCUGCAGCGGAGAUUCCCCUACAUCGUAGGCAACGGACUGAGGCGGAGCUAUUGUAACGAGCACGUCAAAGGCUUGCUUGUAGGAGCCGGAAGCAACUGGCAGGAGUGCCCGACGCCGUACCCGAACAACCCAAGGGUGAAGACGCUGAUGGGCACCUGGUCGGACUGGUCGGGGACAGACCUUCGACGUGUACGACGACUUAACGGGAAUAGGCGACUGAAUACACAACUCACGACCAGACUUGGUGGUGGUGAUCGACCUGUGCAUGUAGAUCACCAUGACCACGAGACAAUCGAGGUCCAUCCAGAUGCGGUCGACCCAGUCUUUGUCUAUAUCGAACAAAACUCGCCACCUGAAGGCAGCACCUGUUAUUUGCAACGAAUACGGUGUGCAAACACGACGGCCGAUGAGGUCCGUGUAAAGAGAAGGCGGUUGUCUGAUAGUCCGAGCGACGCGUCAAAGCUCAAAGACGGUAUUCCUUUCGGACCUCACCCUAGAUGCAUGAUCACGGGCUGCGUGUCCGCUGAGGUGGAAGCGUGCUAUAUCCUGCAUCCCGACACGCCUCAGCCGUUGGUCUACACAUACCACGUCAUCGUAGAGGAUGAGCAGCCUCCAGACUUGGGCGCCCCCCAGGAUCAUACCAUUAUACCUCUAGCUACGACCGCUGAUUGCUCGUAUCGCUCGCUGGGGUGGCACGAGCUGAGUGCUAAUCUGCAUCUGAUGACAAUUCGAGUGGGCCGUGAAUUUAUUAAGCGACCGCUCCACCCCGAGCAUGCUUUAUCUAAGGACGUUCUUGUACAUAUACCCAUCAUCCGGAUAGCCCAGCCAGAUGCAGUCGAGCCGGUCUCCCCGCACAUUGAACGAGAGUUGCCAGUCGAGGGCAUCUCCCGCCUGCCGAAGCGAAAACGGAGCCCGGAGACAGAUAUUGAUGAAGUCCCCGCCAAAGGCGUGCUAUAUCCUCCCUCCCGACAUGCCCCAGCGAUUUUUCGGCGUGACCUCCGAGAGCUGUGGGAAACGGACCGUUUGUUGGUGAUACUCCAUCCUGAUCAUUUGAUGGGUGAGAUAUAUCGCACUGUGUUCAAGUAUGGCGUCAUCGCAGAGGACGAGCACCCUCCAGGCUCAUGCGCGACCAUGAGUCACCCCAUUACGCCUUCCAUCAUGACGGCCCCUUGUUCGUAUCGGUUGCUCGGGUGGCACGAGUUAAAUGCCGAUCGCCGUCUGAUGAUGUUGCGAGCUGGACGGAAAUUGAGCAAGCGACCACUGCACUACCAGCAUAUUUUGCGGGACCUACUACCCUACAAGGAGAAUAAUUUUGCAUACACCACCAUCCGUUGGCAUGGGUCGUGGACGCGCACCUUUCCUUUCGAGAGAGUACCCGGCAGGCGGUUGUGGGCAACAGGCGAGCUCGCACCCUUCCCUGAUGGUUAUUUCCGUAAAUUCAGGAGGCAAUACUGCUCUCCACUGUCGGAUGACGAUGCUGUCCGCUUUCCUCGCCCAUUCCGGCCAAUCCUCUCAGGGAUGAAGAGGAAAUGUUCUGGAGACACCAUUGUGAGCAGUCAGGCUUACACCGCGGAUGAAAAUGCUCAACGGGAAGUCACGAACAUCCAGAAUGGUCUGCUGGGGAACCUUGUCGACCCUUCAUCGCGAAUAGAGGUUUUGUCAUCACGUUGCCUCGCAGACCCAAAUGGACUGAUACUGACACCCCUGAUCCGCGCGGCUCUCGGGAUUUCGGCUGCAUCUCAAAGUGUACUGCCGGCUGCGCCGAUGACAUGCGCGGUGCUCGCGAGACGACACACGGCGUCUAGCAGCCGUCGGUACAUACCACUCUGCAUGCUCGAGGAAGAUGGGCUGCGCUACAUCACAAGUGCCAAUUGUCAGCAGCAGCAGGACAUACGACCCGAACGUGGCAGGUUUGGACCCUACGUAGACCAGCCUUUGGGCAUCUCCAGACGGGUUGUGCUACGCGAAUGGUACCAGCACAACUCUGCACGGCAGCUCAGUCGAACUGUGGCGUUGCACUCAUAUACCCGCGUUUAG